CGAGUCAGUCAGGGAGUCGAGCUAAACCAGGACUAACGGCGACGUCGGGCGAGGAGACUUCGGGAUUAACGGUGCCCCCCCCUCCCGCCCCUGGCACUGGGGGAGGCGAGCGGCCCCUGGGGUGAGGGCAGCGGCGCAGCUAGAGGAAAGCGGGUAGCUCCUGGCCCCUCGCACCCCUCUUCUCUGCCUUUAAAAGCGAAGAGAGGGCGAGGAGGGGAGGACAGCCCGCAGGGUACCGAGUGGGGGAGUCUGGCUGCCCCCUCCCCGCCUGCACCGCUGCCUGGAGGGGGGCGAGAGGGGCGCCUCCUACUUUGGCAAACACUUUGGCACUUUGCUGGAUCCCGAGCAGGAAGGGGUGGAAAUAUGGGGAAAGUUGGAACUUGCCUGGUUACUUUGGCCGGAGUUUUGCUGACGGCGGGAGCGCAGACGUUCACAGGAUGCUGUACUUUUGAUGAGCCUCUCAGUUCCUGUGGCUAUAGUCAGUCAGAUGACGAUGAUCUUAACUGGGAUCAGGUGAACGCACCAAUAAAGCCCUCAUCAAGUCAAGGGAUGCCAUCUGGUUCUUUCAUGUUGGUGAAUACAUCUGGGAGAUUUGCGGGACAGAAAGCUCACCUCCUGCUGCCCCAUCUGAAAGAAAAUGAUACACAUUGUAUCGAUUUCCACUAUUAUGUUUCGAGCAAGACUGGAUCUAGCCCUGGCACUUUGAAUAUAUAUGUGAAAGUUAAUGAUGGUCCUAUUGGUAGCCCGAUCUGGAACACAUCUAUCACUGCUACUUGGAACAGAGCAGAACUGGCAAUUAGUACUUUCUGGCCCAAUUUUUAUCAGGUUGUUUUUGAAGUGGUCACUUCAGGUUACCCAGGAUAUGUGGCUAUUGAUGAAGUGAAAGUUUUAGGACAUCCAUGUACAAAAACUCCUCACUUCCUGCGUCUUCAGAGUGUCGAAGUCAAUGCAGGACAAUUUGCUACUUUUCAGUGCACUGCCAAUGGUGGAACAGACUCAGGUGACAGACUCUGGUUACAGGGUAUUUAUGUAAGGGAUGCACCUCUGAAGGACAUAAAAGUGUUUAACUUUCGCCGAUUUGUAGCUCUUUUCAGUGUGGUAAAUGCCACAAAGCGGGACGCUGGCAACUAUCGCUGCAUGAUUCGGACAGAAGGAGGAGUUGGUGUAUCAAACUACGCAGAACUGAUAGUCAAAGAGCCACCAGUUCCCAUUGCUCCACCUCAGCUGUCCUCUGUUGGUGCAACUUACCUGUGGAUACAGUUGAAUGCCAAUUCCAUCAAUGGGGAUGGACCCAUUAUUCAAAGGGAAGUUGAGUAUCGAACUUCAAGUGGAAGCUGGUAUGACAUACAACCUGUGGACUCCACAAGCUAUAAGAUCGGGCACCUGGAUCCUGACACAGAAUAUGAAAUCAGCGUAUUACUUACAAGACCGGGUGAAGGAGGAACCGGCUCUCCUGGCCCAGCUCUCAGAACAAGAACAAAAUGUGCUGAUCCAAUGCGUGGGCCACGAAAACUAGAGGUUGUGGAGAUCAAAUCUAGACAAAUCACCGUUUGCUGGGAACCAUUUGGAUAUAAUGUCACACGUUGCCAUCGGUACAACCUCACAGUCCAUUACCGUUACCAGGCUGGAGGACAAGAGCAAGUGAGAGAAGAAGUAAGCUGGGAUACAGAAAGUUCACAUCCCCAGCACACAAUUACUAAUCUAUCACCAUACACAAAUGUCAGCAUCAAAUUAGUACUAAUGAAUCCUGAAGGACGAAAAGAAAGCCAGGAACUUGUAGUACAAACUGAUGAAGAUGUCCCAAGUGCCGUGCCACUUGAAUCCAUUCAAGGGAGCACCUUUGAAGAGAAGAUUUUUCUUCAGUGGAGAGAGCCAGCGCAAACGUAUGGUGUAAUUACUCUGUAUGAGAUCACCUACAAAGCAGUCAGUUCCUUUGACCCAGAAAUAGAUUUGUCCAAUCAAAGUGGACGAGUCUCAAAGCUAGGAAAUGAAACGCACUAUCUCUUUUUUGGACUGUAUCCUGGCACUACCUACUCUUUCACCAUUAGAGCGAGCACAGCUAAGGGCUUUGGACCUCCAAUUACAAAUCAGUUCACCACUAAAAUAUCAGCACCCUCUAUGCCACCAUAUGAACUUGAAACACCUUUGAAUCAAACUGACAGCACUGUGACAGUCUUGCUGAAACCUGCACAGAGUAGAGGCGCUCCUGUCAGUGUCUAUCAAAUAGUUGUUGAAGAAGAACGCCCACGGAGGACUAAAAAGACAACUGAAAUCCUGAAGUGCUACCCAGUACCCAUUCAUUUCCAGAAUGCCUCACUUUUGAAUUCCCAGUACUACUUUGCUGCAGAGUUUCCAGCCAAUGGUUUACAAGCUGCUCAGCCUUUUACUAUUGGUGAUAACAAAACCUACAGCGGGUUCUGGAACACCCCUCUUCUUCCUCAUAAAAGCUACAGCAUCUAUUUUCAAGCUGCUAGCAGAGCCAAUGGGGAAACCAAAAUCGACUGUGUGAGGGUAGCCACAAAAGCUGCGAUAAUCGUGACUCAGCUUACAACACCAUACAUUCGCAUCGCCCCUGCUGCAGGCGACGACCAACUAACAGGGGCUGCCACUCGAAAACCAGACCCAGAGCCUGAGAAGCAGACUGACCAUACCGUUAAAAUUGCUGGAGUGAUUGCAGGCAUCUUGCUGUUUGUCAUUAUUUUUCUGGGGGUCGUGCUGGUAAUGAAGAAGAGAAAAUUGGCUAAAAAGCGGAAAGAGACAUUGAGUAGUACACGGCAGGAAAUGACAGUGAUGGUGAAUUCAAUGGAUAAAAGCUACACUGAGCAAGGCACCAACUGUGACGAAGCUUUCUCUUUCAUGGACACACACAAUCUAAAUGGGAGAUCUUUAUCUUCACCAUCUUCAUUUACAAUGAAAACUAACACAUUGAGCACAACAGUGCCUAAUUCUUAUUACCCAGAUCCAUUUGUGCCAACUGCAAUUUUAGUGCCAAUCAAUGAUGAAACCCAUACGAUGGUCAGUGACACAAGCAGCCUGGUCCAGUCCCAUACCUACAAGAAGCGAGAUCCAGUGGAUGUUCCCUACCAGACUGGACAGCUUCAUCCUGCCAUCCGUGUAGCUGACUUGCUACAGCACAUCACCCAAAUGAAGUGUGCAGAAGGCUAUGGAUUCAAAGAGGAGUAUGAAGCUUUGUUACUGAAUGUGUCUUUAAUUACUUUUUUUCUCUCUAUUGUUCCCAUUUCAGAUGAUCAUUCUCGAGUGAGACUGCAGCCCAUUGAAGGAGAAACAAGUUCUGAUUACAUCAAUGGAAAUUAUAUUGAUGGUUAUCAUAGACCAAACCACUACAUUGCUACACAAGGACCAAUGCAGGAGACAAUAUAUGACUUUUGGAGAAUGGUAUGGCAUGAAAACACAGCCAGCAUAAUCAUGGUUACUAAUCUCGUAGAAGUGGGAAGGGUCAAGUGCUGCAAAUACUGGCCAGAUGACACAGAGAUAUAUAAAGACAUUAAAGUUACCCUAAUAGAAACAGAGCUCCUGGCUGAAUAUGUGAUUCGAACAUUUGCAGUAGAAAAGAGAGGUGCUCAUGAGAUUCGAGAAAUUCGGCAGUUUCACUUCACUGGCUGGCCAGACCACGGUGUACCAUACCAUGCGACAGGCCUGCUGGGAUUUGUACGGCAGGUCAAAUCCAAGAGCCCACCAAAUGCUGGCCCUCUGGUUGUUCACUGUAGUGCGGGUGCUGGCAGAACUGGAUGCUUCAUUGUUAUUGACAUCAUGCUAGAUAUGGCAGAAAGAGAAGGUGUUGUAGACAUAUACAAUUGCGUGAGAGAGCUUCGAUCUCGGAGAGUUAACAUGGUGCAGACCGAGGAACAGUAUGUGUUUAUCCACGAUGCUAUCCUGGAAGCCUGUCUUUGUGGGGACACGUCUAUUCCAGCUUCUCAAGUUAGGUCUGCUUACUAUGAAAUGAAUAAACUGGAUCCUCAAACUAACUCCAGCCAGAUCAAAGAGGAAUUUAGGACUUUAAAUAUGGUGACUCCGACACUGCGUGUAGAAGACUGCAGCAUAGCACUUUUACCACGAAAUCAUGAAAAGAAUCGCUGUAUGGAUGUUCUGCCUCCAGACAGAUGCCUGCCUUUCCUCAUAACGAUAGAUGGGGAGAGCAGUAACUACAUUAAUGCUGCACUGAUGGAUAGCUACAAGCAACCAUCAGCUUUUAUAGUUACGCAGCAUCCAUUACCAAAUACUGUCAAAGAUUUCUGGAGACUGGUCCUAGAUUAUCACUGCACUUCACUCGUUAUGCUGAAUGAUGUGGAUCCUGCACAACUGUGUCCUCAGUACUGGCCAGAAAAUGGAGUACACCGACACGGUCCUAUUCAGGUGGAGUUUGUAUCAGCUGAUUUAGAAGAAGACAUAAUCAGCCGGAUAUUCCGAAUUUAUAAUGCAGCCAGACCCCAAGAUGGCUAUCGGAUGGUGCAGCAGUUCCAAUUCCUGGGAUGGCCCAUGUACAGAGACACUCCAGUUUCUAAACGCUCCUUCCUGAAGCUCAUCCGCCAAGUAGAGAAGUGGCAGGAAGAAUAUAAUGGGGGAGAGGGACGCACAGUUGUACAUUGCUUGAAUGGAGGUGGCCGCAGUGGGACAUUUUGUGCAAUCAGUAUUGUUUGUGAAAUGCUUCGACAUCAGAGGGCUGUUGACGUAUUCCACGCUGUGAAGACACUAAGGAAUAAUAAGCCUAACAUGGUGGACCUUCUGGAUCAAUACAAAUUCUGCUAUGAAGUAGCUUUGGAAUACUUGAAUUCUGGCUGACUGCAUAAACAGCACAGACAAAGUUCCUCCUUUCAGCACCACAAACAAAGCAAGUCGCUUCAUGAUACCUGUGUAAAUGAGAUGAAGACUUCUCAGUGUUAUGCUUAUACUGCUUUGUAUAAUUGGCUCUUUUUAAGAGCCCGAAAAGAUGUUUCUAAAACUGCUUGCACUGCCCGUUUUCCACUAUAAUGCCGCUGCCUGACACUCAUACCAACAUACACCAAACCACGUGGCAGUUGUUGAACACUGUAUUCAUACCUAGCCAUUGAUGUGGUGAAGCAGCAUAGUCCUCUGGUAAAUAAGAGAGCACAAUUAUAUUCUUAUGAAGGAAUUUGUACUUUUCUGUUAUAUUUCGUUGCCUGUGAUUCUCAGUUAUUGUCACAGCCUAGUGUACAUUUCUGUUCUGUGGAGAAUGCUGUCUGGCAUUUUGAUAAUAUAUUAUUUUAGUUAUAUUUGUAUUCUAACACGUGCAUAAUAAAUGAGUCAUAUGUAGCUUAUCUGAACUAAUGGAAAGACAUGUACCAAAUCAUGUUAACUUUGUUGAGUUGUAAUUUCUAUCCACUUUGUACCAUUUCAGAGAGAGAGAGAAUCUUGAUAGAAAUACGGUUAGAAAAUGCAAAAUACAGGAUGCUCAGAUUAAUAUAUCCAAAGCUUUUUCAUUUGUUUAUAUUGUAAAUAUUUUUUGAUUUCAUCAAAUUAUUUAUUCAUUAAAAUGAAUUUUUUUGUGAAGCACAGUGAGUGACAAUCAUUUUUAUUAAGCCCUGGAAAUGCUUACUCUAUGAUAGUGUAAACAUUUGUUUACCUUGUAUGGAUUCUCAGCUCAAUAAAUAAUUACAUACAUGAUAAAA